GCCAUGAAGUCGCUGUGCCUCGUCACCGUGGGGGUCUUGGCCAUGACGCUGCUCAUCGCCAGCAUCUCCCUGCUGGUCGCGCACGUCUUCCAGACGGUGGUGGAUCUGCAGGUGAAGCAGGGAACAGUGCUGAAGAAUGGCACAGAAACCUUUGAAGCCUGGGAGGAUCCUUCCCCUCCAGUCUACAUGCAGUUCUACUUCUUCAAUGUCACAAAUCCUUUGGAAGUGCUCCAAGGAGCUACUCCUCUUGUAGAGGAAAUAGGACCAUACACCUACAGGGAAUACAGGCCAAGGGUGCACAUUCAGUUUCUAGACAAUGGAACCAAAGUGUCUGCUCUGAACCCAAAGACUUACGUGUUUGAACCUCAGAAGUCAGUUGGAAACCCUGAAGUGGAUCUGAUCCGAACAAUAAAUAUCCCUGCAGUGAGUGCGAUGGAGUGGACCAGGUCAACCCCUCUGCAGUUUGCCACAGAAGUGCUGCUGCUGCUGUACCAGGAGUCCCUGUUCACUGUCCACAGUGUCCAUGAGCUGCUGUGGGGCUACAAGGACAGGCUCCUCUCAACCAUCCAUGUCCUGCACCCCGAGGUGGAUCCUGUGUUUGGGCUCUUCAGUAAGAUGAAUGGAACUGAUGAUGGGGAGUAUGUUUUCCUGAGCGGGGAAACGAACUACCUAAACUUCUCCAGGAUUGUGGAAUGGAAAGGAAAAGAGUCCUUGAGCUGGUGGACAACAGAGACGUGUAACAUGAUCAAUGGAACAGAUGGGACGUCCUUUCACCCACUGAUUAGCAAAGAUGAGAACAUUUAUAUCUUUUCUUCUGAUUUCUGCAGGUCCUUUUACCUGGUGUAUGACAGCUCAGGGGCUGUGGCAGGUAUCCCGACCUAUCGCUUCGUGCCCUCUGCCAUGGUGUUUGCCAACACGACGGUGAACCCAGCCAAUGCCGGGUUCUGUGUGCCCCCAGGGAACUGCCCUGGCACUGGAGUCCUCAAUGUCAGCAUCUGCAAGCAGGGUGCACCAAUAUUUCUGUCAGCUCCACAUUUUUACCAAGCAGAUCCAAAGUUUAUAGAGGACAUAGAGGGCAUGCAUCCCAAAAAGGAAUACCAUGAGACAUUUCUGGACAUCAAUCCUCUGACAGGGCUGGUCCUGCAGGCAGCCAAGAGGAUGCAGAUCAAUGUUCAUGUCAGAAAACUACCUGAAUUCUUUGAAACAGGCAACAUCCGAACGCUGAUUUUCCCAGUGAUGUAUUUAAAUGAGAGUGUUCUGAUUGAUGAAGCAUCUGCCAGCAAACUGAAGCAUGUCCUGCUGGAAGCCAGUGUUGUCACAGGGAUCCCCUUUGUAAUCAUGGCUCUGGGCAUUGUUUUUGGGGUUGUGUUCACUGUGCUGGUGUGCAGGUCCCGGGGGAUAAGUGAAGAGAGCACUGAAGAAGAGAGGUCCCCACUCAUCAGGACAUCUUAG